AUGUCCGAGAAAGAGCGGAAUAGCACCCCGACGGAGUAUGACAAGAGAGACGUCCGCGUUGGCGAUGAGGAAGUCGCUGGAUCGAGGAUAGCUGACCAUGCGGAGGAGAGGCGUCUGGUCCACAAGCUGGACAGGACAAUUAUCCCUCUGACCUGUCUGCUGUACCUCUUUGCGUACCUGGACAGGUCGAAUCUCGGCAACGCCCGUCUGCAAGGUCUUCCAGAGGACGCUUUGCGCGGCGACCCAACGGGCGAGAUAUUCGACUGGGUGAACUCAGCCUUCUUCUUUUCCUAUAUCAUAUUCCAGCUGCCCAGCAACCUCUGCUCGAAGCUCAUAAAGCCACGUCUCUUUAUGGCCGCCUCCGCCGUCGGAUGGGGGACGGUGUCGACGCUCAUGGCUACCGCGUAUAAUUCGGCCGGCCUCAUAACAGCGCGCGUCUUCCUGGGCUUCUUCGAAGCCUGCUUUGGCCCCGCAAUUCCGCUGUACUACUCACUGUUCUAUACAAAGCAUGAGACAGGGUUGAGAAUGGCCCUCUGGUUCGGUUUUGCCGCCGUAGCAGGUGCCUUCGGUGGGCUUAUCGCAUACGGCGUUCAGCAAGCGAGCAUACCUUUCUCAAAUUGGAGGUUGCUUUUCAUUGUUGAAGGCAUACCCACCGUCCUUCUGGGCUUCCUCACUUUAUGCCUGCUACCCAACAGACCAGAGUCGACAUCGUUCCUGAAUGAGCGCGAGCGUAAAAUCGCCAUUGAGCGGAUGAAUCGUGGGACGAAGGCAGAUGUCGGGCUGACAGUCAACAAAGGCGAGUCGACACUUCUGAAGCAGAUUUGCUUUGGCACUGACGGGAUGGAUAUUCCAGCCCACGUACUGAUGGGUCUGAAAGACUGGAGGGUAUACGCCGGCGGCGUCAUCUUCUUCGCCAUGAACUGCUCCCUGGCUUCCAUCACCGCCUUCCUGCCUACUUUUAUCAAAAGCUGGGGAUACAGCAACGCCACCGCCCAACUCCUCACCGUACCCCCUUACGCCGUCGCCGCCACCGUUCUCACCCUCCUCUCCAUUGCCUCCGACCGCCUUCAAUCCAGAGGGACCUUCAUGGCAGGAGCGAGCGCCUUGGGAGGCGUGGGCUAUGCCCUCCUGCUCAGCGUUCACGAUAACAAUCGCGUGAAAUAUUUCGCGGCGUUCUGUAUAUGCUCGGGGACGUAUACAACGAUUGGAAUCAUCAUCGCUUGGUACGCCCACAACCUGGGCUCCGAGUCAAAAAAGGCAACCGGAAUUCCGAUGUUUAUGGCCAUCGGGCAGUGCGGCAGCGUCUUGGGCAGCCACCUAUUUCCCUCAAGCCAAGGGCCUCAUUACACAAAAGGCUUCGCGGUGUCCUGUGCCCUCGAGUUCCUCGCCGUUCUGUGUAUCGCUACGCUGUCGAUAUCGUAUCGUCUUGAAAACCGCGCAAGAGACAGAAAAUACGGCAAGCCUAUCCCAGACGCUUCCGUGGACACAAGCGUCCUCGCGGACAAGGCGCAGAACUUCCGCUACGUACCCUGAUACAACUUGAUCAUUGGCGCCCUCUACCCAAAAUUGCCGUCGAUGGUGUCAAGCUAAGACGUCCUACGAGCUAUACGAUUAUUCACCGCCAUGACUGCAUGCUGUAACGACGCGUAUACAAGCUCAACAAUAAUUACGAAUGUGCAGGGGGAUAGGCAUAACGAAAUGAUACAAUAGCGACGAUGGUCCGGGAAGAGUGCUCCAGUGCUCCUUCUGACUGCGAUGUGGACGAGACUUGUGUAUGGAAAGCCAAGAAGUGAGCGAGAUAUGCAACGAAGUAUGCGAGGGAUACCAAGAAGAUCGUCAAAUCCAGAGCGAAACGUAUGCGUACGUAUAGGGAGGUAAAAGCCAGGAGAGGUCACAAAAAUGCAAGAAGGCACAUGCGGAAAUAAUUGGCCACUCAUUGGCGGGACUCGCACCGCGCGCGCUUAGCGUCGGGCUCCCCGCUAACCUCCAACGUUCCGAGCGGCUGCCGCACCUGCUGGUUCAGGCCCAUGCCC